AUGGAUGACAUAACUGUCCGUCUAAUGCAGAUUUCUGCAAUGAUCAUUGGAGCAAUUUGUGUCAUUGGAAAUGCUUUKGUUUGUCAUGUCAUCGUUAGACUUAAAUCCAUGAAGACGUCCAUGAACUAUGUCAUACUAAAUCUUGCUAUACUAGACGCCAUGACUGGUUUCUUUGGAAUAUGUUUUGUUAUCACAAGCGAUAGCAAUGGCGUCCUUGGUCCACCAGUACUCCAACAGGCAUAUAAUCAGAGUACCACAUUAGCUGAAGUACUUUGCAAAGUCGAGUGGUCUUACCUUUUUGGCGGUUCUGUUUCACCUCUUUUGCUCACGGCAAUGGCGUUCGAAAGAUAUAAAGCUAUUGUCCAUCCUCUCUCAACACUUGGCGGAGGCACAAAAGCAAGGCUUAAAUGGAUUUUACUUAUUUCGUGGCUUAUAGGAUCUGGUUUUUAUAUCGUUGACAUCAUCACUGUUCAAUACCACAGCAUAUAUG